AUGUCUCGUCCAAAAACUUCCGUAAGCAAUAGCGGUCCAACGCCUGUUCUCGUACGCAACAAUGCCGUCACCGCACCCGUUCCCAACGACGUAGUCGAUGGCACCGGAGAAGAAGAAGAGCAAGUUCACGACAACGUCCCAAAUCCUAUGCCCACUAGCACCACUCCUCCACUAUUCGCCUUCAGCGAGUUAUUCGAGGAAACCGAAGAAACUGAAGAAUCCCUGUGCAACUCCCUGUUCAUCUUCGCUGACGCGUUGGACACUCUUCAGAACCGGAUGGAACUCUUAGGCAAGGCCGUCGACAGACAACAGAUGGGUAUCAGUUCCUUGGCUCUAUUUCCGAAUGUGCGCGGCGAGGAUGUUGAGGACUGUGCUGAUAAGCUGGAUCAGUGCGCGGGCUAUCUCAUUAUUCUGACUCAGAUUCUGGAUGAGUUCGCGGAUGCCAUGGGUGGUGUUGACAAUAAGGAAGAGGAAAACAAAUGA